GCACCGAGCGCAUCCCGAGCAGGCACAGCCUCCAGGACACACCUCCCCACGUCCCGGCGGUGGUAGCUACGGCUGUCUAAAAAAGUGUGUGAAGGAAUAAAUCAGAAUUAAUUCAGACGGUUACCUCAAUAAUUAAUUCUCCCUUAGUAAGUGUCAACAGACCUGAAGCAAAAUUGCAUAUUGUUUAACAGAACAGGGUGCAAUUGCUGCUAGAUUAUUAACAGUGACGUUUUGCUACUUGUUUGAAGAAAAAGCAUUUUUUCCCAGUUUGCAAGGAGCUCUAAACAUAUCCUGUUGAAAUGGUGGUUGUCCUGCCCUCUUUGGUGCUGAACUGAUACGUUUUCCUGGGCCAGCAGACUCAGCCAGCCCAGAAAAAUACACAGGAGUGGUUUUUUGGUUUUGUUUUCUUUUGUGUAUUUCAAAUAUUUAUGUAAUCCCUAUCUGGCUAUCUUAACAUUAGAUUAUUUAGGACUAAGAAAAGAAUUUUGGUCUCCCAAAGUGGAAGUUGCCUACCUGUCAUCAUGCCUGUUGUAGAAUGUCAUAGAAUAUAGGAAAGAAGUUCUCAGCAGCACUGUGCCAGGUGAUGGAAGAUUUGUUCUGAACCAUUAUUAAAUUUCCCUCCUUUCUUUUAUAUUUCCAUCUUCUGUCACAAUUAGAUGCCAGCAAUUGGGAUUGAAUAAUUUGAAUUAUGUGUCUUGUAUUAUCCUUCUGCUCUUCGGGUAUCUCCAUUGUUUGGAGAUCUGGCACACUUGGUAUCUCUUUCCCUGGUCCUUGAUGCUCAUCCACCCAUAGCACAGUCUGCUGUCCUUUGGAAUGCCCAGUCUGCUUGCCAGACCGUCUGCUAGGCUUGUUCAGAUCUCUGGUUCAGCAGGAGACUAACCACCUUCUUGAUGGGUUGGUUACUGGAUUGACUAGUGAUUCCUGUGGAGGUUUUUCAGACUUUUUGAUGUAGUGCAAAGUAAGUAGCAGGAAAGUGGAGCCAGGGAAAUGCAGUAGCCAGAGGAAAGUAACACAUGAUUUAUAUCAACAAUGCUGUCAGAUCAGUUUAUCAAGUAGAACUGUAGUACCACUGAAAAAUUACUGAGUAUUUUAACAGUGCAUUCUGUCUAACAUAAAAUAAUUGAAAGUGCUGUGUUUUAACUCACAAAUUAAAAAUAAUUUUUUAAUAGAUCUUAUAAUUUCUUGAAGUGUUAUUACCUUCCUGUCUUUCAGGCUGAAAGUGGCCCAGUCUGAGGGCUAAUCUAUCAAAUAUUUAAUAAUCACUUGCUCAGAAAAUUUCCCGCGUUGUUCAUGGAGUUUUUCAUCAGUAUGUCUGAAACCAUUAAAUAUAAUGACGACGAUCACAAAACUGUGUUCCUGAAAACACUGAAUGAACAACGUUUGGAAGGAGAAUUUUGUGACAUAGCUAUUGUGGUUGAAGAUGUUAAGUUCAGAGCCCAUAGGUGUGUGCUUGCUGCCUGCAGUACCUACUUCAAAAAGCUUUUCAAAAAACUGGAAGUUGAUAGUUCAUCAGUAAUAGAAAUAGAUUUUCUUCGUUCUGAUAUUUUUGAGGAAGUUCUCAAUUACAUGUAUACUGCAAAGAUAUCUGUUAAGAAAGAGGAUGUAAAUUUGAUGAUGUCUUCAGGCCAGAUCCUCGGUAUUCGAUUUCUUGAUAAACUCUGCUCUCAAAAACGUGAUGUUUCUAGUCCUGAAGACAACACACAGUCCAAGAGCAAGUACUGUAUAAAAAUAAACCGUCCUAUGGGAGAACCCAAUGAUACACAAGAUGAUGAGGUGGAAGAAAUUGGAGAUCAUGAUGACAGUCCAUCAGAUGUGACAGUGGAAGGAACUCCCCCAAGUCAAGAAGAUGGAAAGUCACCAACUACUACCCUGAGAGUGCAAGAGGCAAUUCUGAAAGAGUUGGGAAGUGAAGAAGUUCGAAAAGUAAACUGCUAUGGCCAAGAAGUAGAGCCUAUGGAAACAACUGAAUCUAAAGACUUAGGAUCUCAGACCCCUCAGGCUUUGACAUUUAACGAUGGCAUAAGUGAAGUGAAAGAUGAACAGACACCAGGCUGGACCACGGCAGCUGGGGAUAUGAAGUUUGAGUACUUACUUUAUGGUCACAGGGAACAUAUUGUAUGUCAGGCUUGUGGCAAGACCUUUUCUGAUGAAGCGCGAUUGAGGAAACAUGAAAAGUUACACACUGCUGAUAGGCCAUUUGUUUGUGAAAUGUGUACUAAGGGCUUUACCACUCAAGCUCAUUUGAAAGAACACUUGAAAAUACACACAGGUUACAAGCCUUACAGUUGCGAGGUCUGUGGAAAGUCUUUUAUUCGUGCACCAGAUCUAAAAAAGCAUGAAAGAGUUCACAGUAACGAGAGGCCAUUUGCAUGCCAUAUGUGUGAUAAGGCUUUCAAGCACAAGUCCCAUCUCAAGGACCAUGAAAGAAGACACCGAGGAGAGAAACCUUUUGUCUGCAGUUCCUGCACUAAAGCAUUUGCUAAGGCUUCUGACCUAAAAAGGCAUGAGAACAAUAUGCACAGUGAAAGAAAACAAGUUACUACAGCCAAUUCCAUCCAGAGUGAAACAGAACAGUUACAGGCAGCAGCCAUGGCUGCAGAAGCAGAGCAGCAAUUAGAAACUAUAGCUUGUAGUUAAAAACUAAAGCAGAAACUUUAUCAGAAAUAAUAUAAGAAAUGAACAAAAUCUGUUGUUGAUAUACAUUUAGACUGAGAAUUUUUUCAAGAAAGCAUAUUUUUAGAGGAUUGAAUGUUACAUAGGAAUACAUAGCAUCGCUUGGUUAGGUAUUUUAAAACAUUUCAGAGAUGGGUAUUCUUAGAAUGUGAAGCAGUUUUUGUUGUCAUUAGCAGUAUAAUGCACUAAUACCUGCUUUAAUUUGAGAAUGUGAUCAAGUUCUCUAUAAAACAGGGAUCAUUGCUGGUUGAUACUUACUCCGUUCAGUAUGGAAUACUGCAUACAACAUAAACGUUGCAAUCAGUGAGAAUCAGUAAGUUUGAAAACGCUGAAAUCUCAAAAAUCACAAACGUGGAAAGGAAAUACUUGGUUUCCAUAAUUCUGAAGGUGUUACAAUUUUUUGAGAAGCAGACAUUGAUUACCUAAGCUUUUUAAUUCCUCCUUUUUUCACUUAAUCUAGGUAGGUACAAUAGAGUGUAAGGGGGAUGGUGGUCAAAAUGAAGUUGCUUCUUAAUCCAUUCCCCCAGAUACCCUCUUACUUUAAUCAAGGUGGCAAGUUUGAUGAAAUACUUGAUUUUUUGAAAAAACUGCAUUAUUCACAGUGAUUCUGGCUGGUAAAGCAGCAGUGUCAUGGCAUUCACCAACCCCUUCAGUGGGUAAAAAAAUCUGCCUCAUUUGUUUUUAUGUUCACUCUUAUACAGGGCCCUGGAGAUGGGACUGAGCCACAAAGGAAAAAGGGUGCAGCAUGGAUGAGGCAUGUUCCUUACUCAAAUCUAGUAGAAAUCAGUUAAAGCUAAUACAGCCUGAGGCUGUGGGUUUUAUUAUGCAGCUUUCAGUUCACCUAAUGUAGCACAGUGAAGGCAAAGGAGUGUUUCUGGGAGCACAGGAGGUUUAGCUGCACUGGCAAGUGACCUGUCACUGCCAGACUCCUGGAGCUGCAGAGCACAGCCACAGGCUGUCACAUACCUGCCCACAGUGUUCAGCUGGGGAUUGUGUCAUGGCUUGUCAUACUAGCUCAUAGGUCCUGUUCAAAUUUAAAAACUUCCACCUUCUGACUCACCACCUCUCAGCAAGAGAGACACUUCAGUGAGUGAAUUCAGUUGUAAUUGAUCCAGAGUGAGUGUUCGCUGUUAGUUGGUUGCUUAGUCUUGCCUAUUUUUUUUUAAGACAAGCUGGCGUACAUGCUGCUAAUUUAAUAGUUAACUCACAGAGUCAACAAAAUAGGUUGUCUUUGGAUUGCAAUCUCCUAUGUGUAGUCAGCAAGAGAAGACAUGAUAACAGUGGUAAUGGUAAUCCAAAGGGAUUUUGAGCCUUUAUUUUAAAUUUGUAAAUACUACUACUGUUGUGAAAACUUCAUUUGAAGUUGGAAUGGGAAAAAAACCACACUCUUGGGCACAUUGUAGUAACAUUGGUCACUUGCAAUACCUAUAGCAUAUGGAAGUGUUAGAUCAGUUUCUGGUAAGUUACUGUGUGGUACAUCACAUCUUGCUUUUCUAAAAAGAAAUUUUAAAAGUGUUUUUGGAACUGUUAUAUGGAACUUCUGUUAUUGGGAUUUUUUUGUUUGGUUGAGUUGGUUUUUUUUUACAGCUUCAUUUUAUUCAUGUACUCAUCAGGUUAAACAGUUAUCUUAAAAUGCCAGUAAUUGUUUGAAUGCUGGUCUGUAAAUAAAACAUGAACUUAAUAUUUUAGAAAAUGUAAACUUUGGACCUUUACCAAUAUAUUUUUUUAAAAUGUUGCUUCAUUUUACAUUCAGUAAUAUUAGUUUGUAAACAAACUAUACAUUUUGUACCUGUGCAACAUCAGAGGAUGUGUAUUCAUUGCAUUUUAUUGGUUCUCUUGAGGAACAUGAUAAAUGACCAUUGUUAAAAUGUUUAACUGUAUAUGAUCACAGAUAUAAAGAUAGUAGGUCCAAAAUAGGAUCUACUUUUUUUUCUAAAAA